AUGCCUGCCAUCCACAACAACCCGCCUCCGGGCGUUGACUCGCCCAACCCUGACCCCGAGCCGCCGCCAGCGCAGGAGAUGCCCAAAAAGACUCCGGACGUGUCGCAGUUUCCUAGGCCGCCGCGCGCUCCCUACACGCCGCAAUGCACUCACGUCAACAUGACCCGCGCCUACGGCGCAACUUGCCAGAACUGCAACCGCAAGUCUCCCUUGGGCUGGGUCUGGCAAUGCACCUAUGACGAGGGCGACGACCCGUGGACUGCCGUCAAGGGCCGCCAGUCCGCUGUUGAUGCAUGCGAUCCCUCCGACCGCAUUGGCGUGAUGAAGGCGCUCCAAUUCCAUCAGUCCGUCAUCGACCAGGCUGAAAAUGGCCUCUACACGCCUGAGCAGAUCGAACGCCUCAUUUCCCAGAAGCAGAAGGUGCUGGAUACCAUCAACAGCCAGAGCCCCGACAAGGUCGCCCAAGGUAAUGUCGAGCAGUCGGAAGUUGUGGACAUACCCACUUUGAUUGCUAACUUGGUGCGCCAAGAAAUCCGCACCCAGCUCUCGUCUGCCAGUGCCACCACCGUGGCCAAGGAGCGCGCCAAGCACGCGAGAACCGUCCACCCUAGGUGCAGGUACAAGUGCUGUCAGUCUUGCCGCGGUGACUUUAGGGGCCGUGCCUUCGAGUCCUUCGAUGCCGUGUUCAAUGGAGAAGUGAAGCCUCUGCGGCUGGCUGACAUUUCUGCCCUGCCUGUCCGCGAUGUCCAAGUCAUGCGCAAUAUAGGCAUGAAAUCCCCUCCCCCCUUGGUUGAAAGUUCAAUUCCUACCGACUCAGAGAACAGCGAGCCCGAGGACAUCGAGCCUGCAGACAGCGAUCCCGCAGACAGUAUCCGCACCUGGAGGACCACCGACUCCGCCCAUGAGUUCCGCAGCCGCGAGUCUGCCCAAGCCAGAGCCUUCUACAAAGUCGAGCCAGUGAACGACCUGGGCAUGUACGAAAGUAUGCACUUCAACGACUUUUCCUUCCGCCGAAGCGUUCGCAACAGCGUCUCGCUCGCAGUCAAACACGUCUUCGGCAAACGUCGCGACUCCUCUUCUGAUGGUUCUGCAGUCACCCUUCCAGUCGCUCGUUCCACAAAGUCCUUCAAGAAUAUGCAGGAUUCCGGUCUCAGUCUUCCAGGAUCCUUCUUUUCCCCGCGCAACACCUCGAUUUCGGCCGUGGCUCCUAGCACCAUAAUGCGCGAAGGCAUUCCCACGCCUGCGCCUACGUGCUCUUCCAGUUCCAACAGCAGUAUUGUCGAUGAUGAUGGUGGCGUCAGUCUGGCUGAAGAGUCAGCCCGGCAGUCCACGCCCGGUCCUCUACCUCAGACACUCAUUACUCAGGCUUAA